GGAGAUAACUACACUUCACUCCAUUUGUACCGCGUGGAUAAGGAGACGUUUUUGGGUAUUAAUAUAGAUAUAGUAAUAUAUAUAUAAUAAUAUAUUAAUAUUAAUAUAAGUUAAUAUAGUUUUGAACAUUUUUAUAUCUCAUAAUAAUUAGAAUGGCCAGAAGAGGGGUUAUUUGCGCUAUGUAUGGCUGCUUUAACUAUAAAAUACAAAGUGAUCGCAAGUCGUUUUACAGAUUCCCUAAAAACAAACAAGUAUGCACUCAGUGGAUUGUUAAAAGCAGAAGGUCCGACUUAGACAAUAUUUUAAGAACAAAAGGGCCAGAAUAUUUAAAUAGAAACUACGUCAUGUGUUCUGACCAUUUUACGAAAAAAGAUGGGGAAUUUUCACAUAGGGAAAUGGGAAAUUUUCACAUAGAAAUGAAAAAAUAUGAUGACAAUUGCAGAAUGCUGUAUCCAAAUGGGUGUGGGAAAAAAUUAUCUUCAGAAAUGUCAGCAAUAUUUCAAAACAAUUUUAAUAUAUUUUUGUUACAGAGCCCAUAUGGAAUUAAAACUAAGUUAAUUAAUUAUUUCUUAAAGAAUGCAAAUAUUAAAGGUGUUUGUGACAAUUGUAUUAAAUUAUUAGCAGAUAAAUAUUUCAAAGUCCUUAUUAAAGCAUAUGUGACAAAAAAUAAUGAUUCGUCUGAAAGUUUUCUGAGAACAAAAAAUGCUAAAUUAAAAAAGAUUGCACAUAUGUAAUAACUGUAUUAUCCAUGACCUGUAUGAUCAAACUGUGCACAUAAUACAUUUUGGUGUUCAAUGUGUUCUAAUUUAAUAAAAUGAAAUUAAAACCUCAGAUUUUAAUUUAAAAAAUCUGACUCAUUGCAUUUGAUUUGUUUUGUUGCUAUUA